UAUUACAAAAGCCAGCCAGCGGCAGCAGCCAUUUAUCUCUCUCAUUCUCUUAGUUUUUCUGGACACACCAAAACUUCAGACCUGAAACCUCCCAACGAAGGGGGGAUGGUGAAGAUGAUGAAGAAGAAGAUCAAGAUCAAGAAGAUUGAUUACUUGCCUGCAAGGCAGGUGACCUUCUCAAAGAGGAGAAGAGGCAUCUUCAAGAAAGCUGCAGAGCUCUCUGUUCUGUGUGAAUCUAAGGUGGCAGUUGUCAUAUUUUCUGCUACUGGCAAGCUUUUUGAUUAUUCAAGCUCAAGUAUCAAGGAUGUUAUUGAAAGGUACAAAGCGCACACAAAUGGUGUCGAAAAAUCGGACGAACCGUCUGUUGAGCUACAGCUAGAGAAUGAAAACCAAAUCGGAUUGAGCAAGGAACUCGAGGAGAAGAGCAACCAGCUGAGGCAGAUGAAAGCAGAGGAUCUUGAAGAGCUGAAUUUUGAUGAGUUGCAGAAGUUGGAACAACUGGUGGACGCAAGCCUUGGCCGUGUCAUUCAAACUAAGGAAGAACUGAGAAUGAGUGAGAUUAUGGCACUUGAAAGAAAGGGAGCUGAGCUGGUAGAAGCCAACAACCAGCUAAGGCAGACGGUAAGCAACUACCACAAUCAUAUGAUGUUAUCCGGAGGAAAUACUGGACCUACGCUUAUGGAUCCGGAGAGGUUGAGUAAUAAUAUUGGAGGUGGAGGAGAAGAAGAAGGCAUGUCAUCUGAAUCUGCUAUCUCCACCACCUGCAAUAGUGCUCUCAGUCUCUCUCCCUCUCUUGGAGAUGCCUCCGACGACGUCACUUUAUCUCUCAAACUGGGGGGGAUGGUGAAAAUGAUGAGAGAGAAGAUCAAGAUCAAGAAGAUUGACUACCUGCCAGCAAGGCAGGUGACCUUCUCAAAGAGGAGAAGAGGGAUCUUCAAGAAAGCCGCAGAGCUAUCUGUUCUGUGUGAAUCUGAGGUGGCAGUUGUCAUCUUUUCUGCUACUGGCAAGCUUUCUGAUUAUUCAAGCUCAAGUAUCAAGGAUGUUAUUGAAAGGUACGAAGCGCGCACAAAUGGUGUCGAAAAAUCGGAUGAACAGUCUCUUGAGCUGCAGCUGGAUAAUGAAAACCACACCAAACUCAGUACGGAACUUGAGGAGAAGAACCGCCAGCUGAGGCAGAUGAAAGGUGAGGAUCUUGAAGAGCUGGAUCUGGAUGAGUUGCUGAAGUUGGAACAACUGGUGGAAGCAACCCUUGUCCGUGUGAUGGAAACUAAGGAAGAACUGAUUAUGAGUGAUAUUGUGGCACUUGAGAAAAAGGGAACUGAGCUGGUAGAAGCCAACAAUCAGAUGGUGAUGUUAAGGGAGAGGCAGAUGGUGAUGUUAUCCAAAGGAAAUACUGGACCUGCGCUUAUGGAGCCAUCUGAAUCUGCUACCUCCACCAGCUGCAACAGUGUUCUCAGUCUCUCUCUUGAAGAUGACUGUUCCGACGACGUCAUUUUAUCUCUCAAACUGGGGCGUCCCUAAUUUCCUUGGUUAAGAAGUGGAGAAAGAUGAAAGUUUACUCUCCUUAUAGCUAAAUAAAGAAAGUUGUGGUAUUGUGAGAUAUUGGUGAUUGUGUGUUUUAACUUAAUACCAGAUUGAAAAAUAUUGAAGGGAGAGUAACUUUGUGUUGUAUCAAAACAUGCAACCUUUGACAUAUUGCUCUUUGACUUUGUAUUGUAUUUAGAACUCUGUAUCAAUGCAGCCUGCAUGGAGAGACUUGUUAAUUUUG